UCUGUACAUCCUCCCACCUUUCUCUACUUGCCUCAGCCAUGAGUCGCAGCAUCGUGCGGCAGAGCAAGUUUCGCCACGUCUUUGGCCAGACGGUCAAAGCUGAGCAGGGUUACGAUGACAUUCGUGUUUCCAAGGUGACGUGGGAUAGCUCCUUCUGCGCUAUCAACCCAAAGUUCCUGGCAGUCAUUGUUGAAUCCAGUGGAGGAGGAGCGUUCCUGGUCCUUCCCAUCUCUAAGACAGGUCGUGUGGAUAAGAACUACCCCCUGGUGAUUGGCCACUCCGGACCUGUCCUCGAUAUCGACUGGUGCCCUCAUGACGACAACAUCCUGGCCAGCUGCUCGGAGGACUGUACUGCAAUGGUGUGGCAGAUCCCAGAUCACUCACUAACCCGCCCCAUUUCCGAUCCUGUCGUGGUCCUGGAGGGACACUCUAAACGUGUCGGCAUCGUCACCUGGCACCCCACCGCACGCAACAUACUACUCACUGCGGGCAGUGAUAACUUGGUUAUAAUCUGGAACGUGGGAACAGGCGAGCCCCUCAUCUCCAUGGAUGACCACCCAGACCUCAUCUACAGCAUCAGCUGGAACCGAAAUGGCAGCUUGUUUUGCACCACCUGUAAGGACCGACGUCUGCGUGUCUGCGACCCCCGCAAGAGGGAGGUGGUUGCGGAACGUCUGGCUCCACAUGAAGGGAUCCGGCCAAUGAGAGCUAUUUUCACCAGAGACGGAAACAUUUUCACCACAGGAUUCACCAGGAUGAGCCAGAGAGAGCUGGGACUCUGGGACCCGACAAACUUUGAGGAGCCUAUUGCACUGUUGGAGCUGGACACAAGUAACGGAGUGUUGUUACCGUAUUAUGACGCAGACGCAAACAUGGUUUACCUCUGUGGAAAGGGGGACAGCAGUAUCCGCUACUUUGAGAUCACGGAGGAGCCACCAUACGUCCACUACCUCAACACCUUCAGCAGUAAGGAGCCCCAGAGAGGGAUGGGCUUCAUGCCCAAGAGAGGUGUGGAUGUCACCAAAUGUGAGAUUGCUAGGUUAUUCAAGCUUCUUGACAAGAAGUGUGAGCCCAUCACAAUGACAGUGCCCAGAAAAUCGGACCUCUUCCAGGAUGACCUGUACCCGGACACAGCUGGGCCUGAGCCCGCCAUGGAGGCUGAGGAGUGGCUGGAUGGACGUGACGAAGACCCAAUUCUGGUGUCCAUGAGGGAGGGCUAUGUGCCGCCUAAGAGCCGAGAGCUGAAAGUGGCAAAGAAGAACGUGCUGGAGUCCAGACCCACCACCAGACGCAGCAUGUCUACUUUGGACACCAACAGUCUGCCGCCUCAGUUGCUUGAGAGGUUGUUGGAGGAGAUUCAGAAUCUGAAGGCCACAGUUUUGUCUCAGGAGAAGAGAAUCUGUGACUUGGAGAAUAAGCUUUCCCAGUACACUAAUGGCACUGACUGAUGAAAACACCUUCUGAAGAACUGGUCUGACUUUCAGAAUCACUAUUAUUAUAGGAACACAUUUCCCUCACAUUCACGAGGAACCCCUCUCCUAAAUACUCCAACGGUGUGGCCCUUUUAAAGGUACUAUUGUGUGUAUUGUGUAAGAACAUGAAUUUUGACAAUAAAAAUGCAAAUUGACGAUCAAACACAUUUGAACAAAUUACAUCCAUAAGUAGGGUCAUUAUUGCCUGGUUGAUUCUACAUAAUGGACCUUAAUGCUAUGACAAAAAUAUUUUAAUAUAUUCACACCUUUAGUGAUUUGAAAUGAGAAGAGUGAAAGUGGAGUGAGGGGGCUGUCGGUUAGAGGGACGUGCAAGUUGCGUUAAAGGUCUGAAUAAAGUCAACACUGUUAUCACUAAAAUGACCAUGUGAGAAAAAAGUAUAGGAAAAGUGGCAAAAAUAAAAUCCCAGAAAAAGAGUUAAUGCUUUGGUUUUAGUAAAUUGCAUCUAUUACCUCCCCAAACAUAGUAACAUACUGCACCACCACUAAGCACACACACAUCACCAUAAAAGAUACAAACAAAGCACAUAUCAAAUGUAUCAAACACAUCGUCCUCCGUAUCAGACGAUCACUGACCAGUUUAUUGAAACACGUCUCUUUGAAAACUUUUCAAAAAUGUAAAUAGUGAUAAAGGAAACAGGAGAAAAAUUUGUUGAACUUGUAGCAAAAUGUGAAAAGCAAAACGUUUUGUGUUCUGUAAAGGGUUAUACAUUAGACACAUUAUGACGACAAUAAAAACAGUGUUUUUUUUUAAA